AUGGCAGAUGUAAGCGUUAGUCAACUGGUGAGAGGCGAUGUGGGGGACCGGCCGCGUGCUUUCUCCCCAUUCCCGUGUUUCCCCCUUCCCCGUGUUUCCCACUUCCCCGUGUUUCCCCCUUCCCCGUGUUUCCCCCUUCCCUGUGAUUCCUCCUUCCCCGUGCUUUCUCUCCUUCCCCGUGCUUUCUCUCCUUCCCCGUGCUUUCUCUCCUUCCCCGUGCUUUCUCUCCUUCCCCGUGCUUUCUCUCCUUCCCCGUGUUUCCCACUUCUCCGUGUUUCUUUUCCUUCCCCGCGUCUUCUUCCCUUCCCCGUGCUUCCCCCUUCCCCGUGCUUUCUCUCCCGUUCCCCGUGCUCCUGUUCCCCGUGCUUUCUUCCCAUCCCCGUGGUUCCCCCUUCCCCGUGUUUCCCCCUUCCCCGUGAUUCCCCUUUUCCGUGCUUUCUCCCCUUCCCCGUGAUUCCCCCUUUCCCGUGCUUUCUCCCCUUCCCCGUGUUUCCCUCGUUCCUGUGCUUUCUCUCCCUCCCCGUCUUUCCCCCUUCCCCUCCCCGCGCCUUCCCCCCAUCCCUCCCCACGCUCCUUCCUCUUCUAGCUCGUCCCCCAUUCCCCCGUUUUCUGCUCACCCCCUCCCCCCCCCCCCCCCCCCCCCCCCCCCCUCCUUCGUUCUCCCCUUAUCUCCCCGCUCUCCACUCAUCCCCCCCCUCUCCCCUCAUCUCCCCGCUCUCCCCCCAUUUUUCCCCUCUCCCCUCAUCUCACUGCGAUCCAUGCCUCCUCGCUCAUUCGCCCUUCAUCCCCCCUCCAUCCACCUUGCGUUUUCCCCCGCCAUCCUCCCCUCGAUUCCUCCCAUCCAUUCACCCCUCAUUCCCCAUCCAUGCCCCUCUCCUCCUCCCAACCCCCAUCAGCUCACCCCCCAUCUCCCCACAUGCCCCUCCUUCGUUCAGCCCUCGUUUCCCCGUUUUCCCCCGCAAGUCCCCCCCCCUCCCUCCUUCUCCCUCGCUGCUCUGCUCUGCUCCCCGUCCACAGAAUCAUCCGUGCGUUCCGGGCAGAGGAGCAGAAGAUGGUCAACCAGUGUUUUCUGAUUCUAUCCUACCCUACCCUUACCUUGUCUCUUUGCAUUGUUCCUCUACACAUGGCCACCACAGAAUCAUGCGUGCGUUCUGGGCAGACGAGUGGAAGAUGGUGAAGAAGGUGCUCCAGCUGCACAAGGCCAAGGAGAAGAUCCCCUCCAAGGUCCCCGCUUAA